AUGGAUGGUUAUAAUGCAACUAUACUUGCUUAUGGACAGACUGGUUCUGGUAAAACGUAUACCAUGGGAACCGGUUUCGAGCUCGGAACUGGGCAUUCGGACGCCGGAAUUAUACCGCGUGCUGUGCAGUAUUUGUUUGCGAGCGUAGCCAAUCGUCGUGCUCAAGCAGCAGCCAGGCAUGAACCUGUGCCAGAAUUCAAGGUCGUUGCACAAUUUCUCGAGGUGUGUUUAGUCGUAAUCACUAAUCACUAUUUGAAGAGUAAUUUCACCGAUACAUUGAGUGGCAGCAACCCGAACUGA